UAUUAUUUUGGAUUGGCGGGGUUUGCGCAAAUAUCCCUGGCGUAGACGUAAAUGUUAAAAAAUGGCUUCCUUUGUAACGGAGGUGCUUGCCAGCUCUGGAAAGUUAGAAAAAGAAGAUCUCAGCUGUAAAAUAAGCAAGUUGUCUCGUAAAGUGGAGGAGACAAAGGAGGAAGUAUGCAGCAUGAUCAAUAACAAGUACAUCGAGUUCCUGCCCAGCAUGCAGGGGGCAGAAGAGCUCAUGGAGCAGGUGGAGGAGGUGUCCAAAGAUAUCAGCAGUCUUAAAAGCUGCAUUGAGAAUGAGGUUCAGCAGAAUCUCCAUGUGGCUGUGACUGAAUAUGCUGAGCUCAAGCAGCAGCUGGAGAAGAACAGCACUGUGAUCGGGAUGCUGAAGUGGCUGCAGGGGUUUGACACUGCCAUGGAGGAAUAUCAGAGAGCCCUUCUGGAAAAGAAGUACACAGUUGCAGCCACACAACUUGAAAAGGCUCGGGGCUGCCUGGAUGCUCUGAAGGCCCAGAAGGGCUGCAAGCUGCUGCUGCUGCGAGCCCUGAGGUCAGAGCACACCAUCCAGAGAGAGAACCUUAUCUAUCACCUGGGGCUGGAGUGGCAGAGGCUGGCUGUCUGGAAGCUGCCCCCCACCAAAGAACUCACCAGCGCGGAGUCUUUCCUGAAGACAGAGCUCCACCUGAGCAGCAGUGCACUGAAGGAGGAGGCGGAGGAGGGAGGCACCACCCCGCUGCUUGCCAGCGUCUUCCAGGCCCUUGGUGCCCAGGGACAGCUGCACAACAAGAUCAUGCUCUUCGGUCAGGUACUCCUGAAGUACAUUCUGAAGCCCCUGGCUACCUACCCCUCUCUGCACAUGGAGCUGAAAGAGGUGUCAGGACAGAGCGUUGUCCUCUCCUUCCAGUGUGUGGAGACCACCGACAAGCACCCAUCCCCGUCUCAGGUGUACAGCAAAGUACUGGCUGUCUUCAAGGCCCUACACACGCACCUGUUCGAUGUUACAGUGGACGAGAAGAAAGUGUGUGUCAUUCUAGGGGACAUGAUAUGGGAUGAGAUGUCAGAUUGCAUUAUUCGCCAAUGCUUGGUAUACUCAGUACCAACUGACAGCAGCCGGCUGGAACAGUACAGUGUGGUGAUUAAGGAGACAGAGGAGUUUGAGAAGACACUAAGAGAGAUGCAGUACCUCACGGGCGAGUCUACAGACCUGCUGAAGUACGCUAGAAACAUCAACUGCCAUUUUGCCAGCAAAAAAUGUCGAGAUGUAAUCCUGCAAGCGCGGAACCUGAUGACAUCAGAGAUCCAUAACACUGUGAAGAUUUUGCCAGAGUCCAAACUGUCCAUCCCCAAGCUCCUGAACCUGGAGCCCAGGGACGAGGCCAAGAAGCAGGCAGUGAGCGCGAGGGAGAAGUUCCGGUCAGAGGGUCUGGUGAUGCUGGAGAACGAGAAGCAGCUGGAUCGGCACACCCUCUGCCUGCCCGUGUGCCGCAUCAGUGAGUCGGUGCAGAAGCUGAUGGAGCUGGCCCUGCACACCCUGUCCCAGGCUGUGGGCAGCUCUGAACAAUGUGCCAUUCAACUUUUCUUCGCUGUGCGAAAUAUUUUCCAGCUAUUCUAUGACGUCGUUCCCACAUAUCACAAAGAGAAUCUGCUGAAGCUCCCUCAGCUGGCUGCCAUCCAUCAUAACAACUGCAUGUUCAUCGCUCACCACCUGCUCACUCUGGGCCACCAGUUCAGACAUCACCUCCCACACCCGCUCUGUGAAGGAGUCGGCACCUUUGUGGACCUGGUCCCCGGCUUCAGGAAACAGGGAACUGAGUGCUUCCUUGAACAGAUGAGGGCUCAGAGAGCAGAGAUGCUGGAGAGGUUGUCUACUGCCAGGAACUUUGCCAAUCUGGACAUUGAGGAGAAUUACUCCAAUGCCAGCAAAGCAGUCAGACAGGUCAUCCAUCAGCUGAAGAGGUUAGGCACAGUUUGGCAAGAUGUUCUGCCAGUCAAUAUCUACUGCAAAUCAAUGGGUGCUCUCUUAAAUACUGCCAUUUCUGAGAUCAUUACAAAAAUCAUGAUGUUGGAGGACAUUUCCACUGAGGAUGCUAACCUCCUGCACACACUCUGUAAGAUUGUCAUUGAUGAAGGACCCUUGGUGUUCAUCCCACUGCCUGAGGAAUAUAAGAACAGGAAGUACCAGGAAGAGGUGCCCGUCUACGUCCGGAAGUGGAUGACGUUUAAGGAGUUGAUGAUUGUGCUGCAGGCUAACCUUCAGGACAUUGUGGACAGGUGGGCAGAUGGAAAGGGCCCUUUGGCGCUGGAGUUCUCCAGCAAUGAGAUGAAGAGCCUGAUCAGAGCCUUGUUCCAGAACACAGAGAGAAGGGCCAUUGCCCUCACCAAAAUCAAGUGAAAACUGACACCCCUUCUCUCCUCAAACUAAUUAUGUACAGAGGUCCUCCUUCAAAAGCUGAGGGAUGGCAGCAGAUGGUCAUAUAUACUUUGCUUCCUUUUGUCCACGCCUAUUUUUCUUGUACGCUAUUAUAAAAUAAUAUCAAUAAACCCUUUGUGUUUCAUGUUGCUAA